AUGGAUUUAGGGAAGCCUAAUGGUGAAUCGGAGCUGGAGGAUUAUAUUGACCCGGAGGAACACCCAGACGAUCAUUUAACCCGUCCUGAUAUUGAUUAUGUAAAUAGCGAUAAUGAAGGGAAAAUACCUGAUGAGGAUCAUAACGAAAUCCCUGAUCAUAUAACAGUUGGCAAUACUGAUGACCCGGAUGCCGUCAAUGAUAUAUCAUUUGAAUUUGACAUCCAAUCUCACGAUGAUCAUUUAACAACUGAAAGUGAAGUUUUAAGUUACGAUCCUGGUGAACGAAAAGUGUCGCGAAUGUUAUACGUGUUAAGUCAAGGAUUGUUGAAUUAUUUUAAAGAUGACCAGUCUUUAGAUCAGAUGCUAUAUCAUCAAAUCGAUCCAUACGAUAAAUAUGAAAUAGAAGAUCGAAUAGUGCGGUAUGCAAUGCAUAAAUGGCAUGAAGAAAUUUAA